AUGCCCAUCACUACAACUUUUCACCAUUCGAUACGACUAUUCGCCACUUCUUCAUCCUCCUCCUCUGCAUUUGCCAACCAGAACUACUACCAGCUACUAGAACUACCCACAAAUGCUACAAUCAAAGAAAUCAAGCUCCAGUUUAAGAAGCUAUCCAAGAAGUACCAUCCUGAUUUGAAUCAACACUUGACAGACGAAGCUAAACAGGAAAACAAUGCUAGAUACGUCGCCAUGGUCAAUGCAUACGACACACUAAAAGACAUCAAGAAGAAGCGGGCUUACGAUCAAUCAUCAAGUGGCUCUGGUGGUAACGCGUCUUUCAACAUGGGCAAUCGUCGGUCAAAUGAAUACAACAAGUAUUAUGGUGAAGCUAAGUACCAUUCGCGCAGUGGUAAAUCAACAUACUCUGCAUCAGGACUAAACACCAAACGACACAAGGUAAAGUACCAACAUUCAGGAUCAACUGGUGCAAAUCAGCUGCGGUUUUCAGGCGAGCAUGUAAACCACGGAGAUCGUUACGACGUGCCCCAUUUCGAUUACGACAAACACUUGAAUCGCAAUUUACAAUUUGAACAACGCAUCAUUGACAAGUACAUGGACCCAGCCACCAAGGCCAAGAUUCUUAACCAGUUGCAAAGUUCCGGUGAACAAGUUUCUGAAGAGUUAAAGACAAAACAUUUGUUGCGGCAUGUCAAGAUGAUUAAACCGGGAUAUGAACAGUCUGAACAAGUGGGGAAUGAGCGCAAUGGCGAUCAAUCUGCUUUCAAUGGAUACAGGACAAACUACAAUGCUCCCAAAAAUACGCAUAAUGUGAAAUACGGACAAAGCACCACUUAUCAAGGUGCAGCAACGUUUCAAAACUUGUAUCAGAAACCAAAGGCCGCGAAUUAUGGAUACAGUGACGGUGCAAAUGGAGAUCUAAAUGGGGUUGCCAAACUCUUUACUGCUUUAGGCGCAGGCACUUCUCUUUACAUUCUUUAUAAAAUCAUCUUUUAG